CAUGCCUGUGGUUCUCCCUUUUACUAAUAAUAAGCUUAAGCCCGCCCAACUUUGCCAGCCACGAGCCGAUUGUGAUGUUAUCGAAGUGGAUGAGCAACCCGGAACCCUUCUCGGUGCCAUAUUAUACGCUGACUCGGACUAUCCUGGAAGCUCUGAGGAUUUCGGUCGUCUCGUGGAGGUUCACUGGAGACUUUCCUUGCGUUAAGCUACCGUCAUCAUGGACUCUUUUGUUCAAGAAGCCUUCACAUUACUUGGAAUUGGCUUAUUUGUGAUUGGCCUUCGCUUCCAUGUUAGGAUAUCUUCGUCUGGGAUUAAGAAUCUUCGCGUGGACGACUACCUCAUGAUUGUGGCCGCGGUGGCUUACUCUGUCGAGACAUACCUUGCUUACUCAGUGGGGGCAUUCUGGAAAGGGCUUGCCAACAAUGCCAUGACGGACGAGCAACGACGGGUGUUGGAUCCAACUAGCGAGGAGUACCACUUGCGGGUGAAUGGCUCCAAGACGCAAGUUGCUGGGUGGUCCACGUACACGCUCUUGCUCUGGGUCAUCAAGGCAGCCAUGUGUAGCCUUUACCUUCGUCUUACGGAUGGCCUCGGCUUUGAGACUCGCAUAUAUGCCGGGUUUAUUCUCAUCGGCACAACAUGGCUUGCUGUUGUGCUCUCUAUCCUCCUCGGUUGCCAUCCGUUCGAAAAGAACUGGCAAAUAUACCCCGACCCUGGGAACUCCUGCCAACCCGCCAUCUCAAGGAUUGAUAUCUUUGUUACGGUAGUCUUGAAUGUAGUGACUGAUCUCUACCUUCUGACCAUUCCGAUCCCAAUGCUCUGGGCUUCGUCGCUGAAGCCCCUCAAGAAGGCUGGCGUCAUUCUCCUCUUCUCUGGUGGCGUGUUCAUAACGGCAGCAGGCAUUUUGCGCUGCGUUCUCAUCAUCACCGACCCAGUGAAUGGCGCCCAAAAGGCAGGGUCAUGGGCCGUCCGAGAAACGUUCGUCGCAGUAGUCACCUCUAACCUUCCCAUCGUCUCGUCCCUCAUCGCCCGUUGUUUCCGUCCGCUCAUCGGUAGUCUCCGGUCGCCCUCCUCCUCCAAGGCGUCUCAGCGAGGAGACGGACAACGCCGAGGUUUUAUCCUCGAGGACAAGAACCCGCGACGUGGCAUGGGCCCCCGGAGCGUCAACCCCAUCCCCAACUUUUCGAUGAACGCCAGUGAAGAGAACAUCUACCCCCGCAGCGACGGGGCCGGCGGCACGGCCUCCUGCGAUAUCGACCUCGAGUCAGCUCGCGGCCUGCACGUCAGGGCUGGCGUGAUCAUGAAGCAGACGUCGAUCGAGGUGAUUGAGACGUUGAAGUGCGGGGACGAAACGAGCGGCGAAAAUGUCGGGGACUACUACCUCGUGACGCAAUCGCAGAGAGAGGCCGACAGGGCUGCGAGAAAGCCAAGCCCGGGGAGGCGAAGGAGGUCCAGCUCGACGUUUCGGCUUGGAAGGGCUGGUUGA